CGAGAGUACAGAGAGUCAUCGAGUUGGCGUUGCGGCGGGCUGCUGCUCUUGCACUGGUUUUUCUCUUCUCUCUCUCUCUUUCUCUCUCUUUUCCUCUUUUCUCCUCUCUUCCAGAGAAGAGGGUGAAGAUCGUAGCGGUGGUAGGUGGUGAUGGUUGUGAAGGUGAUGGCGGUGAUGUCGUGAGCACGCCCUCGAAAAAGCGACCUCGAAGUUCGCGGGAGGCUGCAGGAGAGGAGAAAGGAGGGGAAAGGUUUAGGAUCGCAAGAACGAAAAAACACGAAGUGUCUCUGCGCGAAUAGAUUGCGACUCUUUCGUCUUUGCCGAGAUUCAACAACGUGAAAGGAGAGAGAGAGAAGGAAAAGACUGGAGUAGAUUCAUUGGUUUUCGGCGUCGGCGUCGACGUCGACGUCUCUCUGGAGGUGGGGAUGCAGGGAGAGCAACAACGAGGACGUACCUCGCGGGCAUCAUCAACAUCCAGCCUCGGACGUGAGGUUCGUUGUGGAUGUCAAUACUAUCAAAGUGACUCGUUACUACCGGAACGUCAAGCUCGCAUUGCCAGACCAUCGUCCAGGACAGCGAUGCAAGAACCUUCUAGGCACCCAUGCAGUGAGCAUGAAUAUGAACCAAUCGCGGCACCAUUGGCACAUCCGGUAACGGCACCAGUUGUACAAAUCAUCGACACGGACGUGGUGCCCGUUGCGGACAGCGAUGACAGCAUUGACGAAAGAGGUCUUUUGCCACCAAGGCUGAUCUUAGGCGGCGAUGUCAUCUUACCAUUGGACGGUAGAAUCGAAGAUGUCGCUAUGGAAGGACAAGAGCUUGGUGAAACUGUGGGUGACACAUCCGAGGAACAAGACAGUCCGCAACAGCUUCAGGACCGAUUGGAGGAACGAUACUUGAGCAGUCCUAGCCCUUCUGCUCCUACCCCAAUCAUCGCCCCGACAACUCCUGGCGCCGAGUCUAGGACCGACGGCGAAGUCAACACCAGUCAGAUGGACUCAUCGGUGUUGGAGGAGUUGCCCCUACGCCGUGAUGCAAAAACUUUGCCGCAACGGUUGAAGAGUCAAGCGGGUAAACUGAGCUCACGAUUACGGGGUAUUCAACGGCCAAAUUUCUCCUUCACAAAACGACAAAAAGCCGAAAAGACGAGAUCGACGAGUAGCGGAAAGUCGGACAAAUCAAGAACAGAAAAGAAGAGACCUAGCAGGAUGGACAGGAUAAGGACAUCAUUUGCAGAACGGCCACGUUUCAAUCUACCAGAACGACCAAAGUUCAGUUUGCCGGACCGAUCGAAGAUUCGUUUACCAGAGAGACCAAAAUUUCAUUUGCCAGAGAAAGCAAAAUUCAAUAUGAAACGUCCGAACAUAAGUUUGCCAAGCGCAUUGAAGAGAACGAGAAAAUCAACAUUAAGGGAACAACGUUCUACAGAUUCGACAAUUGGGGGCUCGCGUCGCAAUAUCUUCGACUUCUCAACGUAUCCACGUAUAUUCGAGAAGAAAUCCAAGACACAUGCGGACGAUUACGCGGCAACAUCUUCGCCGAAGGAUUCACGAGCACAAUCUCAAGAAAGUGCAACAUUCCCUCGGACUCGCAAAACUUAUCCCUCGACAACAGCAAGUUGGACACGUCGAUUCGGUGAUCCUACUUUCGAUGAAUUUGAUCAAGAUGAAAAUGUCAGUGCUGCCGAAAGAACACGUCCAUGGCGUCAUCCUUCGCUCGAGGAACCUCGAUUAUCUGUGAGAUUGGAAGAGAAAGAUACAUUAGCCGCUCGUAUUUCUUGGGAAAAAUCUCAAAGAAAAGGUGCAAGUGAAACUAUGGAAGAGGACGAAGAAAUGCAAUAUAUGGAUUAUGAUCCGGAUUCGGCUGAAAUCUCAGAAGGAAGAGAGAUCAAUGAAAAGCAGAAAAGAAGCGAAAAUGGUCAGCUGAUAGAGUCGGAUUGGAGGCCAUCCGAUGAAGAGGUAGUAGCAGAGGAAGAAAUUUUCAAACCGAUACGACGUUCGCGAUCGUUGGCAGACCCAACGUCUUUUGACGUUGGCUCUUCUUUCUCAGCCGUGGAUCCAAGACAGUUUGAACAAAUUCCACUGCCCUCGGAAGAAGAACGAGAAAAGGAAAGAGCAGAAGAAGAAAUAGAGGAAGAGGACUACGAGGAGGAAGAGUUGGAAGAGGAAUUGGAGGAAUUAGAAGACCGAGAUCUCUCAUCGGCUCACUCGGACAGAGAACAACAACAAUCGAGCGGCAGCUCGUGCGAUCGUCGUCGUCGUGGAAUCGUCGAGGAUACCGGUUCCGAAGAAUAUUACCCACGGGACAAUAUGGCCGAUUUCGACAAAUAUUUUCAACCGGUAAAUGCUUUAGCUGAUGACUUCAUCAUGCCAACUGUGCCUCCAAAAAGACCAGCAAGGAGAUCGUUAUAUAAAAGAAAAGAAGAUUCCGUUGAAUCUUACGACGUCGUUAUACCACCAACUAGGGCAAAAAGAGAACGUAUGGUUGCACGAGCCAGCGAGGAUAUUUCUGACGAUGUCUUUUACGAGGAACGAUCCGACAGUAGCUCGAGACAUCGCGUUGUUUAUCAAGCUGAAUGUGAUCCUCGUGAGCUGACAAAGUCGACGAAUGAACCUUUGGACGACAUAGUUAUAGUAAAGCCAGCACGAAGGAAAUCAAAAUCGUCUCUUCGCAGUCAAUCUCAAGCCCCGAUUGAGUCCGAUAUCUCGCGAAAUAUUUUUCAAAAUGGCGACGUGCCGCGUCCACCCCCGGUCGUACCUACCCGUCGAAAACGAGCUCGUGGAGCAAAAAUUCAGAGUGAAGCGAACGAACUUUUUCCCACGACGAUAUGCAAUGGUCGUAGUGACAAAUGGGAGGAGAAUUUAUUGUCGUCGUCUCGAAUGGCAGAACCAGUACAAUCUCGAGCGAUGAACGACAUAAUCCUUGACACACAGGAGGAUAAAAUAUUGCUAGAAGAUCAACUUGCUCAAACACCAAUCCCUAUCCCGCCAAAGAGACGUUCACGAUCGAGAACGAUAUCUCUGGCUCAGGAUGAAGAUCGUACAUCUCAUGGGGCUGAAUCUUUGCCAGAGAUUGGCUAUGUUCAAGAGGACAUACCACCAGACGAAACAACUAUGGAUUCUAUGAGGGAUUUGUCGGGAUACGCACUGGUGGAUAAACGUGAGAAACCACCAAGACCACCACCGCCUCGUAGACGAAAGAUUCGUGAGAAAUUUGCGACAACCCCAAGACCAAGUCCUCCGAAACGACCACAACGUACUUACAGUACACUUGCUUCGACGACGAAAAUAAGAGACGAUUUCUCAACGGAGGAAAGAUUAUUGGAACAACAACAAACAGAAUCAAUGCCUUACAUCGAGAUAGAUUCGGAAGAUCGUAAAGAAUUACGAGAUGAUCGAGUCCUCAGUAAGAUCCAAGGACGACCGUUACCAGCACCUCCUAGACCACCUAGAGCACGAAAAGAACACAGUCAAGAUCGUUUCGAUGAAUCUCUAUCGGAACUCAUUAACGAAGCGACAACUGCUACACAAACUGAUCCUCUACCGGAUGACAUGAUCAUAGAAGAAGAAAUUACACAAGCCAAAUUAAUCGUCACCCCGUCGCGAUCCGGUUCACAAGUUAUGGUAUCUACCGAACGAAUACCCAGUCCUAAUCUCUUCCCAACGUCGACGUCUGAACUUUUGCAAAACGACGAUGAGAAAUAUCAGCGCAUGGAUACGCCCAGAUCUUCAAGAGGACCUUCUCCUUUCGUAGAUUAUGAGGAAAGACUUCAAGAAAGACAUUCGCCAACUCGAACACAAUUCGCUGGUGAACCACCACCGACGAUUCCUGAUACAACCGCAAUGGAUCAGUCUCAUCUACAUUCUAUCAUACGUUCCGCCUUACUUACGGAUGAAACUCUUAGAAUAAGCAGUCUUGAAGUCGGUGACCUAAAAGUCGAUCGACUCAACGUGUCGCAAUUAGAAACAAGUAAGUUGCUCGCUUCCGAAAUAGAUUCUGUAGUAAUAUGCACAAACGAGUUGAAAAAUUUGUAUGAUUCCAAGGAAGACUCUUUCUCUCCUUCAAUUAUUAAAGAGUUGAUAGCUAUUAGAAGUCAUUUGGAAAGUGUGGCAAGCUCUCAACAGGCACGAGAAGAGAGACGCUUGCUCGAUCGAGAAAAUGAUACAGAAUCUACUGUGAAAGACAGUACUAAGGUAGACGUGAUUCCGGAUAGAGACGAUCAAAAGAAAAUCAAAAGUUAUGAAGAAAAAGAUUCAGUUACGGAUCAAUCGGUUAAAAUAGAGUCUAAGUUAGAUGAUAAAAAAAGUUCCGAAGAAACUAAGAAGGAUAGGGAAAUUGAAAAUAUAGAGGUGGAAUCCGCAUCGCAUACAUUAUCAUUCGUCGAAAGUAUGCAAGAUGAUACGUUAGAAACUGUUGACCCAAUGUCGAUGAAACGUUCAGAAAUCUUCGAAGUUGUCGAAGGGAAACGAUCAACGGAGAUUCAUCAAGCGCCUCAUUCUGAUGCGAAGUUGAGUUUAAUGGCAGAGUUCGAUAUAAUGUCAGAGCGCAGGCCGGAAAUAGACAUACGUGAUUUCCAAGAUAAACAAUUUCAAAGUAAAGAAGAAACAAACGAAAUCAGCCGAGAAUCUAGAUCACGAUCGCCCUCGCCAACGGAACGAAUUCGGCCGGUACGUCAAACGGCUUCCCCGGUUCGAUCAUUGCCACCAGUUAUUUCUGUAACUCCAGAUACACCUGACGUUACUACACCUUAUAACGUUUCGAACGUAGCUCUAGCACAGCGUGCCGUUAUUUCUUAUUCCGACGAAGCAGAGAAAUCUGAUAGGCAGGAAGCCGCAAGAGAAAUUUCACAAUCGCCAAUUACAUCCAAUUUGCCAAGCGGUGCCGCACACUUUAUCGCUUUUCCAACUUCACAGAUUCCAGCGGAAUUUUUUUCUUUAACCACAUCCCCGUCCACUCGGGUAGAACCCGAACCAAGCAUUCUCGAAUCGUCGAAACAACUUCUUCGAGCAAUACGAAUCACAGGAGCUAAACUUAUUAGAGAUUUUGCAUCGCAUUUAAUCUCUAGAGUGGGUGCUGAAGAAGCAACGGAAAAGAUUAGAGAACUUGAAUUGGCAUUAUGUGCCUUAUUACUUGUGAUCGCAAUCUUAUUGAUAGUAUACUUCAGUAAUUCUCGAACAAUAAUGCAUUACCAUCACUGGGAUUAUUUCAAUCCUCCGCAAUAAGACGAAUAACAAAACUACCAUAAUGGUAAUAAUUCUUUUGGUAAACUAAUGCGUCUGCGAUUUUGCACGCAUGUGAACAACAAUCUUGAUUCGAUCUAUUCUUUAAGUAAGUUUAUUUUAUAUAUUAAUAAUGAUGUUAUAAUGACGAAAACAACAACGAUAGCUACAAUGAUUAUCAUAAUGAUAAUGCUAGCUUUAUACAAUUAUGAAAGUCUUACAAAAGGACAACAUUAAAUGUGCUAUUAAAUCUAAAUUAAUAUGCCUUAUUUAUAAAAUUUACCGCAAUAAGAGAGAUCUAUAGAUCUCUUCAAUACUUGUAGUUAUCCUUAGAAAAAUGUGAAAUAUAAAAAAAAUUGUGCAACACAA